CAGGCCACCGACUACGAGAGAAGAGGCAGAAGAGGCAGUUGCUGUCAAAAAAGGAAAAAGAAAAAGAGGCAGAGGCAGUUUCAGUUUCUGUUUGCUCUGCUCUUCUUGCGAAGGAAGCAGAGCCGCCGAGGAGGCGAUGGCCGAGGGCGAGGAAGCCGCCAACGCUCUCCGGCGCCUUGUAAUCACCGAGUACCGGAAGAAGCUCCUGGCCUGCCGCGAGCUGGAGACGAAAGUCCGCACUGCUAGGGACAGCUUAAAAAAAUCAAAGAAGGAUUACGAAAAAACAGAAGAUGACUUAAAGUCCUUACAGAGUGUGGGCCAAAUUAUUGGGGAAGUACUUAGGCCAUUGGACAGUGAAAGAUUUAUCGUCAAAGCCAGUAGUGGGCCACGUUAUGUAGUUGGCUGCAGAAGCAAAGUUGACAAGGAAAAGCUGACAGCUGGAACACGUGUUGUUCUUGACAUGACAACUUUAACCAUCAUGCGCACUCUGCCACGUGAGGUUGAUCCUGUGGUCUAUAACAUGCUACAUGAAGACCCGGGCAAUGUCAGUUACUCAGCUGUAGGUGGAUUAUCGGAUCAAAUAAGGGAACUGCGGGAAUCCAUCGAGUUACCCCUUAUGAAUCCAGAAUUGUUUCUUCGCGUAGGGAUAAAACCUCCAAAGGGCGUUCUGCUCUAUGGCCCACCUGGAACGGGGAAGACGUUGCUUGCUAGAGCUAUUGCUAGCAACAUUGAUGCCAACUUUUUAAAGAUUGUUUCAAGUGCUAUCAUCGACAAGUAUAUUGGUGAAAGUGCUCGUCUUAUAAGAGAAAUUUUUAACUAUGCACGUGAGCACCAACCAUGCAUUAUUUUCAUGGAUGAAAUUGAUGCCAUUGGUGGCCGAAGAUUCAGUGAGGGCACUAGCGCUGACCGUGAAAUACAACGGACGUUGAUGGAGCUCCUAAAUCAGUUAGAUGGAUUUGAUGAGCUUGGGAAGGUCAAGAUGAUUAUGGCAACAAACCGUCCUGAUGUCCUGGAUCCUGCACUACUUCGUCCUGGACGCCUAGACCGAAAGAUAGAGAUUCCAUUGCCAAAUGAGCAGUCCAGGAUGGAGGUCCUGAAAAUCCACGCAUCUGGUAUCGCCAAGCAUGGCGAAAUUGAUUAUGAGGCUGUGGUUAAGCUCGCCGAGGGCUUCAAUGGUGCUGAUCUGCGCAAUGUCUGCACUGAAGCUGGCAUGGCCGCCAUUCGAGCAGAGCGUGACUACGUCAUCCAUGAAGACUUCAUGAAGGCAGUGCGGAAGUUAAAUGAUGCCAAGAAGCUCGAGUCUAGCGCGCACUACAGCGCUGACUUCGGCAAGGAGUAAGAGUGGCGACACAUUGUCGUUCUCUUCUACAUUGUACUGUAAUGUUGUGGGAUGGCUUCUUAUGGACGCGAGUUCGUCUUACCGUAGUCUAAACAGAUCGCCUUGGGAAAUACUCCCUCCGUCCCAAAAUAAGUGACAUGGAUUUGUUUAAGAGUCUAUGCAAAUCCUGGUCAGUUAUUUUGGGACCCAGAGAGUAGCUGGUUACAUUUAUGACGUUUUUUCUUCUUUCUUUUUUGAGGCAAAAUGACGUUUGCUUCUCUCAGUUACUGUACCUUGAGACAAUGUGGUGCAGUCAGCAUGUUCUGCUUCUCUCUUGUGUUACUUCACCUGGGAAUCAAAGAAUGUGAGAAAAGGAACAUCUGCAGCGUGUGCUCCUCUUCUCUCUGUUACUUACUCUACCUGGGAAUCAAGAAAUGUGCAUGUCACUUGGCUC